AUGCUGGAAGGCACCCACUCACACACGGAUGCAGAAGGAAAUUCAUUCUGUGUCCUGGAAUGGGCCCUUAGAGGCCAGUGCAACGCUGAACGGAAGUUGAAUUCUGCUUGGAGGGGGAACUCUGUUGGUUGGAGCAGCAGUUUAAAAAGGGAAGUGCUUUGGCCAGGAUGGGGCAAAGAAAUUAUCUUAUUUCCAGAAGUGCAACUGAUGCCUCUUUGUAUCUCUGAGGGUUACCACUCUAAGUGCCAUUUUGAGGAGAGGCCAGUGGUAAGUGGAAGGUACGUUGGCUUGGAGCAAGUAGCAUCAGGAGAAAAAGAAAUCCAAGGAUUGUCACAGCUGUGCUUUGGGACUCAAGCCCACCUUGCCCCCAACUUCGUCAAAGCACUUACCUUUCUAAACUAG